UUUGAACUUUCAAACAAGGUUGGUAAACGCGCUCUCGUAUUCGCAUCUGCAGCUUUCCUUCGCACAGUGUGCUAGUCCGUGUGUGUUAUACGAAUUCUCCAGGAGCAGUGUGAAAUUGUGUUUUAGUUUCCCACCGCUUCUGCUCGGAGGGACAUGCGGUGAUCCCGAUAGACAGAGCUCACUCUCUCCCGUUGACUCAGCCCUAAACACAAAGACUGCUGUGAGGUUUCAGGUGCUUUUGUAUUUGUCUAUGAUUUCAUCAUUCAUGCGUUGUUUAUGACCUGGAACAGACAUUGGUAAAACACUCCGGAUCUCUGCUGUCGGCAGAGAGGUAUUCUGCUCAUCGGAUAGCCCUGUUGCACUUGUCUCGAUUCAGCGUCAGCGAAAUUAUGAAAAAAUGAUUUUGUUUCCCUGUACCAGUGUUGUAGUCAAGACCACCUAAAUCGAGACCAAGCCAAGACCAGAGUGUAUCGAGACCAAGUGAAGACCAAGGCAGGGUGAGACCGAGUCAAGACCAAGAUCAGACCAUGCAAUGGUACCAGCAAGCUCAUUGUCCACUGAGAAGUAAACAGGAACGCCCACUGUCGCCAUCAGUCGUUGGAGCUGUGGACUCUUCCGUGUUGUAGCUUAUAUCACAACCAAAGGAAGUGUAAUCGCCUUUCAGGAGUGAGAGAUGAUGGAUGCUCUGGACUCUUUGCAAGGCUCAUCUUCUCUGGACUCCAAAGCUGAACGUAUCGCCCGCUACAAGGCGGAAAGAAGGCGGGAGCUGGCUGAACGGUAUGCCAACCUAGAGGAAAGUUCAUCCAAGUAUACAAAGAGACAUUGGGAAACAACAGACAAAUCUGAUGCAGUGCCAAGCUCUGAGCAGAAGAACUCCGAUGUUUCCUCUGAACCAAACCUUAAGUCCGAUAAAGACGGUGGUGCUUUGAGUGAGAAAGGAGAAGGGAACAAUUAUGAAGAAAAGUCCAAAACGGAUUCCACAAUGACCUCCAAGAUCUCCAUUGCUCACAGUGAUGAGAACAAGCAAGUAACAAGAUCACACCAACAGCACAGUCCGUUGGAAGCAGAGGAAGCCCAGAAGCCAAAGGAUGACAGGAAAGCAGAUGACGAUGCCAAAACCUGUGUGCCUGCCAAGACGUCUCUUUCAAAAGGGUUGGAGAAGACCGACAUCUCGCCCACCCCAGAGAACCAUGCAGAAGACAUUACCCACAAUGGUGAGCAACAAAAAGACCAAAUCAACAAGGAGAACAGGAACGUUUCCACCAGUCAAUCCCAGUUUUCCUUAUCAGAUGAGGGUGAGCAAAGUUCUGAAGAAAGCAUGAAUGUGAGACACGAUAAAGAGAAGAUCUCCCUCUCUCAGGCCUUCACUGCAGGAGAGGAGGAUGUGGAGAAAGGGAAGGAAGAUGAGAAGAUUAAACAGAGAAUGAGAGAGAAACAGCAUUCUGCAAGCUCCCAAGAGCCAAAGGCUUCUUCUGGAGCUCUGAAGAUGGAUGAAGAGCCGAAGGCCCCCACUUCAGGCCUGCAGAGACAAGACUCAUCUCAGCGCAGCAUUAAAGGCAUUCUGAAGAAGAGCCGCUCCACUAGCCUGGACGCAGAACCUGCCGAGCUGGAGAGGAACAUUAAUUUUGCCACCAAAACCAGCAAGGAGCUGAUUGCUGUUGAUGGAAAUGAGGAGGAAGAGGAUGAUGAUACUGUGGAGAGGAGGCUGCAGAGAGAGGAAAGCAGCUCGAGUGAGACUCCUCGCACUCCUUCCCCAGAUUCUGUGGACAAAACCCCCUCCAUCUCCCAGUCUGAAGAGGGGGACGAGCUAGACAGCUUAGAUGGGAGCAUGAGCUCUUCUCUCAAAGAGAGACUGGCAGAGUUGAAGGGUGGUGAUGAUGACUGGCGGAGCAAGCUGAAGAAGAAUAAAGCCACCAAUGUGGUACAGACGUCCCUGUCUGACCGCUACUCCCAGCUGCAGGAAAAAGAGAAUGCCUGGAAGAAGAAGAAGUCUUCUGCAGAUGUAGAACCGAAGAUGUCUCUGGUUGAGCGGAUGAAGAUCUUGCAGGAGAAGGAGGAACAAUGGAAGACUAAAGGCAAAGGAGCUUCUAAUGACUCCACCCAGUUCUCUGUGGCUGGACGAAUGGCUAAGAGAGGCUUGGUGUCACCUAACAGAGAGGAUGUCCCCAUCAUCCUCAGCAAGAAGGCCAUCAUUAGCACACCAGUCAAACCAUUAGAAGAAAUCUCCACCUGUCCUGAUGCUGAGGGAGAUAAAAGACUUGACAAAUUGGAGUCCUUCUUGGACAGACUUCAUAAUAAAGGCAUUCCAGGAACUAAAAACUCCACAAUUGAGGUGACUGAGGAGAAAGAGAAAGAGGUGAUGACCCUGGACGAUGAGGAGACAUUUGGGCGGUUCUACAGUUGCAUAUCACCAACUACCCUGAGCUCCAGUCUCCUGCUGGAUGUGGAAGAGGACUUCAGCACUAUCCAGUCAGACACACCGAAACUUACAUCAACAGUUGAGGAACACAAGCGUGCAGUGCGGCCUUCCAGGAAAACAAAAGGUUCAAAGAACCCUCUCCGUGCAUUGGCAGCUCGAGACGACCUCAGACAGGCUUACACUGAGCAGAGACUCAACGUGGCGUCCGUAGAAACCAAAAGGAUACAAAUGGAGCGAAUGGCAAAGCACUCUAAUCUGGCUGACGCGGCUCUGGCAGGUCUGGCUAGCAAGGAGAACUUUAGGAAAGUCAACCUACGGAGUGUGAAGUCUACAGAGGUGGUGACCAACAACAGCGCUGUGCCUUUCCACAAGCUUAUGCUCAUCCACAUUAAAGGACGCAGGCAUGUUCAAGUGCGUCUGGUUGAACCCACAGCCCGCUCUUUGAACAGUGGAGACUGUUAUCUGCUCAUAACACCCAAACACUGCUUCUUCUGGAGUGGAGAGUUUGCCAAUGUCAUCGAAAAAGCCAAGGGCUCAGAGAUGGCCCAGUAUGUCCAGACUAAGAGAGAUCUGGGCUGCAAGGCUCCUCAGGUCACGCUGCUGGAGGAAGGUAUCAACACUGAGAACCGUUCAGCCAAAGAGUUCUGGAGUCUGCUUGGAGGAAAGACUGAGUACAGAGGAGCAGGAGAGCCAGAGGAAGAUGAACUUUACGAGAGUGGUAUAGUGGAGUCAAACUGUGUCUACAGGCUGGUGGAGGAUAAGCUGGUUCCUUACGAGGAGGCCUGGGCGUCUAUCCCCAGCGUCUCUCUGCUUAACUCGAAGGAGGCUCUGGUGUUUGACUUUGGCAGCGAGGUGUACGUGUGGACAGGCAAGGAUGUUCCUCUGAGUGACAGAAAGGUGGCAGUGCAGCUGGGCAAACAGCUCUGGAGUGGAGCCUACGACUACAGCACUUGCAGGGUCAACCCUCUUGAUUCCUCCUCAGCCAAUAAAGACACCCCAAAACAAGGUGAGGGCAGACCGAGUUGGGCCCUGUUUGGACGGCUGUCAGAACACAAUGAGACCGCCUUGUUCAGAGAGAAGUUUCUAGACUGGGCGGAAAGGAAACCCAUCAAAGAGGAGACGGUGGUGGAGGAGCUGAAGAGUCCAGUGUAUCAGCACCUUCCCACCUGUGACUCCGACCUGAAGCCCUGUGAUGUGAGUGAGAUGCUGGCGGGCGGGGCAGGUCCUGUGAAGAUGGUGCUGGAGGGUGUGGAUGUGCAGAGAGGUCACGGAUUGGUCCGUUCAGAGGACGGGCGGCAAGCUGAGCUGGCCACAAUAGCUGUGGACGCAUGGCACAUCCGUGAGUUUGACGACUUUGAGAUCCCUCAGGAGAGUGUGGGGCAACUGCACGAGGGGGACACUUACGUCAUCCGUUGGAAAUACUCUGUCACUAAUGUUGUUGGUAAGAGGCUAAAGCCUGGUGAAGUGAGCACAGCUGGCCCAGGCAGGGAGCGCACUGCAUGCUUCUUCUGGCAGGGGCGUCACUCCAGUGUCAGUGGGCGGGGCACAUCUGCCCUGAUGACAGUAGAGCUAGGCAACCACAGGGGGGCGCAAGUGCUGGUCACGCAGGGAAAAGAGCCGCCCUGCUUCCUCCAACUCUUCCAGGGAGGGCUAAUCAUCCAUCGAGGCUCAAGGGAGGAUAGCUCCAGCAACGCAGGAGAAUGGCAUUUGUUUUGUGUGCGUGGAGAGGCAGCAGAGGAGGGCUCCCUGGUUGAAGUGGAGUGCUGUUGUGCCAGUCUGCGUUCUCGUGCCAGUUUGGUGCUGCUGGGGGUACAGGCAGGGCAGCUGUACCUGUGGCAUGGCUGUAAGUCUCACCCCGGUGCCCGACAGGUUGGCAAGAGGACUGUGGAGCGCCUCACUCAAACGUGUCCUCGUGAGCUGGGUUUGAACAGUAACAGCAGUUUGAAGGUGCAUGAGAUAGAGGAGGGAACUGAGCCAAAGGAAUUCUGGGAUGCUCUUGGCAAGCUAGACAGGAAAGCCUAUGACUGCAUGCUACAAGAUCCAGGGAAGUAUAAUUUCACGCCACGUCUUUUCGGUCUGAGUGCCAGCGGUGGGACUUUUCAGGGAGAGGAGCAGUUCGGCCCCACCCAAGUGACAGGUGCUGUCAUGGCAAUGCCAUUCCUGCAGGAGAACUUGUAUUUGGCCCCUCAGCCUGCUCUGUUCUUGGUGGAUAACAGGAUGGAAGUGUACCUGUGGCAAGGACAGCAGCCAGAAGAUGCAGAAUGUACUGGCUCAGCCAAGAUCCGCUGGGACAGUGAGAGGAAGUGUGCCAUGGAGACAGUGCUACAGUAUUGCCAAGGGAAGAACUCCAGACGGCCUCCUCAGGCUUACCUGAUCCUGGCUGGAGCAGAACCUCUCACCUUUACUAACAUAUUCCCUUAUUGGGAGAAAGACCCAAAUAUUAAAGUACAGGUAGAGGGACCCCGUAAUAAAGUGAUCCUGGUUAAAGAUGCUCUGUCAAAACUCAGCAGACAACAGUACACCCCGGAGGAGCUCACCUCCAAACCCCUGCCAGAGGGAGUGGAUCCUCUGCACCUUGAGUACUACCUGUCCGAUAAAGACUUCCAGAGUGUUUUGGAGAUGACACGGGAUGAAUUUCAUGCUCUCCCAAACUGGAAACAGCUUAAUCUGAAAAAGAGCAAAGGCCUCUUCUAAACAAAAAGAACUCUUGCAUCUGCAAUCUGUAUAUUCACUUACAGUAAUUAUCUACUAAAAAUGUUUGUAUUUUUCCUGUACUUUUUAAAGAAGCCUUUUUUUAUAUUUCAAUGUCAUAUUUAUAACACUAAUAUGUACAGUCUGAAAUUUCUUAAAGACAAACCCCUACCUAGGCAGUAGCUAUUUCAUGCUUUAUACUUUAGUAGCCUUUGGUUAAACAAAUGUUUAAAGUAUGCUGAAGUGUUCAGUUUGGGAAUAACAUGAACAGUAUAGAAGAAAAAAAAAUCAGUAUGUCAGUAAGCAUGAAUUAUAAAUAUGUUUUUUCUUUUUAAUUGUUUUAAUCAUAUUGCUGUCGAACUAUGAUCUUAUAAUGCUUUAAACACUAAUUGUGAAACUUCAUGUAUCUGUCGAAACAAAUGGAGGCCUUUCACUAAGUCCACAGAGCUAUGUUAAUGCAAGAUUUACCAUGGAAAGUGAAUUGCUCUUUAAUUAAGCGAUAAUUUGUGUACAUAUUAAGUGCACUACUGCCACUGGCAGUACAUCAUAUAAAUAAUAUACAGUGUUAUGUGAUUCUGAUCUCUUUCAUGUGACUAUACAGUAAGAGCUGUCAACAAUAUUACAAAUAACACAUGAAUGUGUAUGUAUGUAUGCACGUGUAUUUUCAGAGGUAUGAAUGUGUAGUGUUUGUCCCAUAGUAAUAUGCUGCCAGAACAUUAGAAUUUCUUGGUUGAAAGUAAAUUCAUGCCAUUCAAUCUUAAACCACAAGAUGUCAGUCUGUCUUUUCUCCAGUCUGUGGUGAAAUAAUGCAACAAAUAUUUACCAGAACAAGUCCCUCAAAUGGGUCACCCAGUAUUUCAUCCUCAAUGUAUUUUGCAGGUGUUAUUAUAACUUCAACACUUUAAUGAUUCUAAAAA